AUGAACUGGGUGGGCGGCAGUCGAAGCAGAAUCAUAUUAAAGCAAGAAAGGAGAAAACAAAAGGAAUACUUUGAAAGAAAGAAACUUAAGUCAAAAAUGAAGCUCCUGGAAGUAUCGUCUCCUAAAAGUUCAGCAGUCAGUUUGGAUCUUCUUAAUCUAUAUGUGGUUAACCAGAUAUCAACCAAAAAAGAAAACACUGAGAACUUGAGGAAGCCAGUCCACAUUGAUAUCACUGAAGAUGAAAAAAAACCCAUCAGGAGACAUAACUUAGAGCUUCCCACAUCACCCCCACGUACACAACAUAAGUCAAACUUAGAUGAUCUCCAGAGCAGGUUACAAAAGCAAGUUUUGGAAAGCAGAAGACAACAUCUCUCAGAAAAAGUAAAACACCGGCAUAAGCUCAUUCCACAAGUAAUGGAAUUAGGCAAUGUUGAUUCUAGUGUGGAAAAUGAAGACAACUUGGCAAGAGUUUUUAGCGCUUGUCCAUUGCCCUCCUCUCGUUUUCAGUUCUCUAACUGUACACAGCUUUCAGAAGAAAAUUUCAACACAAAACUAAUGGGCAAUGUUUGGGAACAGAUCUAUGAAAAAAAGCUGCAAAACCAGCCAGGUAACAGCUUUGAUCAAGACCCUUGGAAUACAAACCCUCCAAGCCAGUGUAUUUUCAGGAAGUCUGAUACAGUGCCUCAGGAGCUGUUCAAGCCAUUUGAUAGGCCAGACUACAUGAAUUCUGCCAGGAAAAAUCCAGUGAUAAUAGCCAGUAAUGAAUCAGAAAAAUAUGAAGGAAUAAAAGAACCAAUAUUUGAUGUUGUGAAAGAAACUGCAGGAUUGAAAGAUGGAAGUGGUUGUUCCUUUCUGGCACUAUUUGAAGAAGAGAGCCAACCAAUCCAUAAUAAUCCUUCCACCAAGCAUUUUAAUCCUUUUUCUAACCAAAGCAAUAAUGACAUUUUUUUCACUGUUCCUGAUGUUCGAAAUCAAAUUACCAACAGAAAUUAUUCUUACGACACUAGAAGGGUUUAUCCUGCAAUCAAUGCAAAAGAAGAUUCUGUAGACAGACACCUUGAAGGCAUUUUCACAGCUCCAGAACAGGUUUUCCUUAAAAGUAAUAAUGUGUCAAGUACAAGCUACAAGGAAACAAGUGCACUUCAUAAAGCACACCGGCAGAACUGUCAUGAGGGACAGCGCUACUUCAUGCCCUGUGAACAGAGAGAAAGAAGAGCAAACCUUGAAAAAAUUGAGACAUUGGCUUAUUACCAUGAUCAGCAGAAUAUCUUAAAGGAGAAUGUGCAGAAUUAUUCAAGAAAAAAAAGUGACGACAAGUCUGUGAAGGAAACAGCCUGGAACCAGAACCAUGUCUUUGUAUUUGAAGAGUUCACAACAGCACAAGAGAAAGGGUGUAAGUUUGGACUGAGUUCAUAUCUUCAAGAGAUGGAUGUGGACUCACCACUCAGCAGCCAGUCUUACAGUUACUCUCCAAGGCAGACUGAGAGCUAUUUGAGCUCCAGUCCUGACACAUCUGAAGAGGAAGACACAGGCAAAAAGAAGAAUUAUCUGAAUGAACAGUCCUUGAAGGCACGUGGUGCCAACCUGUUCUCAGCCUCAGUGAGCAGAGAGGCCCCCAAGAGCUCUCACACCCAAAGUGUGGGUAUGAAGCCCAGCAGCACUUUGGCUAGAAAAGAAGCAAACAAUCUUCAGGAGAAAGACUCUAAUUUUUGUGCCAUAGAGGAGGAAAACAAAACGCACGCAGCUCUGUCUCAGGGCCCAUCCCAGCACGCCCUUAGGAGGGAGCGUGUCGGUAGCAGCGCCGGGUGCGAUGCGUGGUCGCAGACCGAGGGCUCCGUGACCGCAGGGAAGGUGGAUGCGGGCACCCAGUGCGGCGCGCUGAGGGUGUGCAGCUGCGGGGGCUCGCUGCCCGCCGCCCGCAGCCCGGGCACGGUGCCCGCCGCCCGCAGCCCGGGCACGGCCCGAGAGCGGCAAUGGCCGGCGCGGCAGGGGCGGCAGCCCGCGGGCAGCGGCAGCGCCGGCACAGGCGCCCUCUCUGCCGAGAGCGAGUACCUGAGUGUGGCCGGCAGCAGGACUCUGGAGGUGCUGGACUACAUUGAUAAAAUGAAGGAGAGAGAGAAGCAGUGA